CCUUCCCUUCCCUCUUGGACGGCGGCGGCGUAUGGCGGCCGGUGGCUCGCGGCUGCUUCGUAGGGCGGUUGGCGGUGGCGGCCGGUGGCUCGCGGCGGCUUCGUAGGGCGGUUGGCGGCGGUGGGCGGCGGCGACGAAGGGUUGCAGAGGGCGGAACUUGUAUACGAUUUUGCUCUGGUUCACACGAACGGCAGCGGCUGUGCUCUUCUUUCUUCUUGUUGUUCUUCAGAAGUGAAGAUGGCCAAUCAGAAAAACUUGGCUAUAUGGGCUGCUGUUGCAUAUUUUUGGAUGGCAAUGGUUGCGGUUGUCAUUGAGUAUAGAAGAAGGAAAAGAAGAGCAGACGAAGAUGAAGAUGAUGGAGAAGGUAAUUCAGAUGGAGAUGUUACUGGUGGAACAGAGUCCACAGAUGGUGCAGACUCAUCAGCUACAAAGCAAGCAAAGAGAGCAAAGAGAGCAAAGACAACAAAUAGUGCAGACUCAACAGCUACAAAGCCAGCAAAGAGAGCCAAGACAACAAAUGGUGCAGACUCAACAGCUGCAAAGCCAGCAAAGAGAGCCAAGACAAGUACACCUGAUGAUGAGGAUGGCUUGAUAGCAACUCUACGUCGUGUGGGAUCUGAGCUUGCUGCUGCAAUAAUCACUGCUGGAAAGAAGUCUGCCCCCCAAGUUGAUGAUAUUCCUGAGGGUUUGUAUGAGCAACUGAACACCUUGCCAGGUUUCACCGACGAUCAAAUUGCUCACUACUAUGCAUUCUUAGUUGAGAAUCCUAAGAGUGCAAGAGCUUUCGUGUCGCUGCCAUACACAGGACAGCUGAGUUGGAUGUCUAGGUAUAUCAGUAAGGAGUUCUAGGUAAUGGAAAGAAGAAUUUGGUUCAUGUCGGCUCGUUGUAGUGUUUUGUAACAUAUGAUCAUGUUGGCUGAGUCUAGUAUUUUGGAACAUCUUGAAUCAUAUAUUAUUUUUGGAUCAUGUUGGUUGAGUCUGGACCAUUGGAACCUUACAAUGCUAAAUGCUAGUAUUAUGCA